CUGAACGACGACGACGACGACGGCACUCACCACUCUCUCUCUCUCUCUCUCUCUCUCUCUCUCUCUGUCAGUCUCAAUCUCUCCUCCCCUCUCUCAUUUGCUUGCUUGGGGCAUUCACUCACUCAUUCAUUCAUUCCAUUCAUUCAUGGACAAGCAGCUUCCUUUCCAGCGGGGUCACGACGACGUUGUGGGAUCAUCAUCAUUGGGCUAUGCAGGGCAAGGCAGUGCAAGGAGGCAGGGAGUGCAGGGCAGUGUAGCGCCGCUUGCCGAGGCAUCGGAUUGCCUCGCUUACAAGCUCUGCUACUGUGUGCAUACGACAUGAUGUGUCGUAGUUUAAUGGCGCAAUUGCGAUCGGAAUCACAAUAAUAAUAAUAAUAAUAAUAGACAAUUUGAAGUCUCGUUUGGUGAUGGGUUCGUUGUUGAGUGGUAGCUGUCGGUGCGUAACGGGACGCCCAAGUGGACAGUGUUGUUGUUGUUGUUGGUUAUAAAUUGGCCGUGGAUUGGAUCGGAGUAUUGUGUUGCAAGAGAGUGGAAAGCAGCGGUGCACCCCCCCCCCCCUUUUUUUUUUUUUUUUUUUUUCCUCUCUCUCCUGUUUUGUGGAUUUUGUAUCCCCUGCUUUGGAAGAGCUGAAUCGGAUUGCGUGCCGGCGUUGUGUUGAUCCGGAGGGGAAUAUGAGUAGGAGGCAUAGGACGGGAGGUCUUCGCGUCGCGGUGCCGAAGCAAGAGAAUUCCAUCCACAGAUUUUUGACGGCUAAUGGAGUUUUUCACGAUGACGAUAUCCAGCUCGAUCACAUGGGGCUCCGCGUCGUCUCUUCGGAAUCCACCGCUUAUGCGAACCCCCCAGACGCGCAACUUUCAUUGGCAGACCUGGAGGCUGUGCGGGUCUUAGGCAAGGGUGCGGGCGGUAGUGUGCAGCUUGUUCGGCACAAAUGGACAAACGACAUUUACGCAUUGAAGGGGAUUCAAAUGAACAUAAACGAAACAGUGAGGAAGCAGAUUGUACAGGAGCUGAAAAUCAACCAGCUGACACUGCAUCAGUGCCCCUACAUAGUGAAAUGCUAUCACUCUUUCUACCACAAUGGGAUCAUAUCCAUUGUCCUGGAGUACAUGGACAGGGGCUCAUUGGCCGACAUUAUCAAGCAAACAAAGCAGAUACCUGAGCCCUAUUUGGCUGUCAUCUCGAAUCAAGUACUAAAGGGAUUGAACUAUCUACAUCAAGUCAGGCACAUCAUACAUCGUGAUAUAAAGCCCUCCAACCUCCUCAUCAAUCAAAAGGGUGAGGUCAAAAUAUCUGAUUUCGGUGUCAGUGCUGUGUUGAUUAGUUCCAUGGCCCAGCGUGACACGUUCGUCGGCACUUACACAUAUAUGUCGCCAGAACGCCUCGGGGGGCAGUCAUAUGCAUACGACAGUGACAUAUGGAGUUUAGGGUUGACGAUUUUAGAGUGCGCAUUGGGUUAUUUCCCUUACCGACCACCUGGGCAGGAAGAGGGCUGGAAUAACUUUUUCAUGCUCAUGGAGCUCGUAAUUAAUCAACCUCCCGUAGCUGCACCUCCUGACAAAUUCUCUCCCGAAUUUUGCUCUUUCAUUGCAGCUUGCAUCCAGAAACGUCCUGGCGACCGAUUGUCAACUGCAGAUUUACUUAAACACCCGUUUUUGCAGAAGUAUAGUGAGGAAGAGUACCACUUGAGCAAUCUGCGGUAACCUUUAUUGCCGUCGGAGUGCACGGAUCACUGCUGCCACAAGCACUAGACGCUAAAUGGCUUCAGCGAAAAGGUUGAUAGAAACAUGUUUUUAGUUGUUCUGCCACCAUGUCUUUCAUUAUCGAUGAUGUAGUUUUGGAUACAGGGUAUGGAUUUAAAGCAGAAAGUCAAAUAUUCAAAAUUAGUUUUUCAAACAAACUAAUGAAGGUUCUAUUUUUUUUUUUUUUUUUUUUUUUUUUUUUUUUUACAUCGAUGUAAAUCAAACCAUGGUUAGAUUCUCUUGAAGUUCAUUUUCAUUAGUGAGGGUUUAGAACAGCAGGUUGUUUAAGGAAAGCGCAGGAAAAUUAUAGGCAUCCAACAUGUCUUUAGAAAUGUAAAGUUUUGAGUCAAUAAGCACUGUUUGUAGCUUUUUGCAUUAUAAACAUGUUUGUUAUGAACAGAAUAAAAGUGUGCAGAUUACAUCAGACGAUUUAAAGGUA